CGUACUUGGACGCGGCGGCCGUGUGUGAGUGGGCGCUCGCGCUCUCCAUCCUUCGCCGCGCCUGCUGUUCCUGUCCGCACUUGCCUAUCCUGAUCAGCAAGGCUACGUCGAGCUAGCUCCUUCCCCCAGCGCGUUUUCCGCAAGGCUUCCACAAGGAAAGGAAGUGGGAGCAGGAAGUCGCCGCCGGUCCUCACAUGACCGCCGCAGCUUUGGCUCUCGCUCCCCUCGCCGCUGCCCGUUCAGAGCUGCCCUGCUCAAAGCAGCAACACGCACCAAACCACCGUCGACGCCGCCGCAGCAAAAGUCGAACAAAGCAUGACAUCGGCCUUGCUGAGGCCCACCCGCCACCCAGCAGCAUCACGGCCCCGCCGCUCUGAUUGGCCCAACCAGCCCUUGGCCUGUGCUAGGCUUCGACUGCGACCAUGUUCGCAUGCUCCCGUGGUAUUCUUUGCUUCUCUCGCGUGCUCAGUCCGCCAUCCUGCCGUGACGCGCCGCAAGCCGUGCAAAAAAAGGCAGUCAUCUGUCCGUUUGCGCCACCGUCUCCGAGCAGCUGACAUGCGAACACGUCGGGGUAACGACGAGGCGGGGAAGCCCCGUUGAGGAUUACACUUUGCCUGACGCCCUUGGCGUGUGGGUGCUAUGGGACAUACCGCCGUAGUGCACCACAACUCUAUGGCGCCUUUCGACAUUGCGGUAGCCGGAUGCUCAUCGGCGUAAUAGAGAUGCACAUAUGCAAAAGCACGUGUUCUGCCUCUCUGCUCGUCCCACCGCACUGAGCGACUGACCCAUCCCUCGAUGGCGCUGCUCAGCGGCCAGCACAGGACGACACUGGCUAGAUUCUCCUCUCCCUCUCCUUCUCCGGACUUGGAGGCCACCGCGCGAAGCUGAGAUGUCUGGCGAGGAAGGAUCAUGGUGCAAAGUAGCAUCUUACCUCUCUGGGACGCUCCUGCUCUCGCCCCCACCCCCUCUUAUUCCACCUCAACGUCCUAUCCACUUCCAGUGCCACCAACCGAAAACUCUUCGCCAAUGCCCUUCUCCCACAUGACAUAGUCCGCAUCAUCGCCGUUGAUUUUCUUUCCCUUCCAACCUCAUUUCUACUUGUCUUCUCUCCUCGCCUUCCUUUCUAGCCAGUGGCUAGCCCAUCGGUCAUUUCAACCCCAGCAGCGGAACCAGCGAUUGAAUAGUCAAAUAGCACCAAAGAUAUGCCGAUGCGUUGAUUUCGCCUCGAUCCUCGCGGCCUGCAUAAAAUGGAGCAUGGAUCCAAAUGCAUCAAUGAGCCGGCAUGCCCAUGGUCCAGCGGAACAUUGAACUGCACCCACCCAGCGCAGAGGCAGGGUAGAGACGCCCUCAUUACUUCACUUGAAGAUACAAUCCAGAAGUAUGUGGUGGUCUGCAAUUCCGAGAUCCAGUGCGAUCGAGAAAGGUUCGGGCUAUCCUCCCGGAGGCGCUGCGACAACGAUGGAUCGGAAGAACGUGGGGCCGCGAGAACAGUAAAUUUGAAGUGCAGCCCUUUCCGCAGACGCAAUAGCACUAGUUGCGUCGUAUCGACACCUCAAUCUGAUCAGGGAAGAGAGACAAUAUCGCAUAUGGCGUUCGAGCGAGUACGGGCGCUUUCGCUCAGUCCACCACCUGCUCGUCUGCCGUUGCCGUGUGUAGAUAUUAGUUUUUCAAACGAGACGCCAGAACAGUACAUCAAUCGCAAGCUGACCGAGCGCUGGUCAUCAUAUUAUCGCUCAAGAGUUGGGUCGCCGUCCGCUUCUGCUUCUUUCGCUUCUACUUCUUCUCCUCCUCCUACUGCUGUUACCGACAUUCCUGGUCAACAGAAGCUGGCUCGGCAACCACAACAUGUCAAUGAACCACUAGCGCAAGAGAUUCUAAAGAACAUCGACGGGAUUCUUUUAGAGCAUACUGGGGCGCUAAGGGACGUUAUCGAGGGUUCCAGACGGUUGUUGAUGGAGCGCGCUGUAGAUUGCUAUGAGGACGGGUUCGAUGCCGUUUCCGCACCUGGAAUUCCGACGAAUGGUCAGUGCAAGGAUGUGCAAGCAGAGAAUUCUUCUGUUCCCGAUCAUUUUACAGCAAUUGAUCGAAUGGCCCAUCAUUCGGGUCUGCCACUGCCACAACAACACAUGAAUCAUCCUGAGGUAGCAACGGCACAGGACAAGGCCAUCGAACCGCCCAUUUUGUCCUGGGGUAAUCAGUCCAGAGAGGAAAAGAGUGUGGUGCACGGCCAGGGAAAAUUUCCAGAGACUUAUCAUUCUUCACCUCGUUCGGUGGCUUCGCAAAAUGCAUCUUCCGUUGACCGCAGUCGACAAGACCUUCCAGUGAACGAUCUUGGCCGAUCUCAAUGUUCCUUGCCGCACAAAUUCCACCACUCAAGCCAUCACAGUCAUCGUUCUUCAGAUAAUUUCUAUGCCGUUAAAGAGCCCGAAAUGUCCUAUACUCGUUCCCCGAGGGCUGAACAUCAACCACGCAGCAUGAACCGUUCACACAUGCUGCUCGGAGACGGGCAUGAGGAUGGCCAUGAAGGACUUACAAUUAGAACGCACCUACAUGAGCUUGAAGCGAUCGAACACCGGUCUGUCCUGUCGGCCUCCCCAGCAUUACUCGAAUAUGACCGAUUUGCCGCGCUUGCAGAUCGAGCAUCCCGCAACUCAAUGAACGAUAUCGUGGAUACUGCCGCUAUUAACGGCCUGACCGGUAAGCUACAAAAUUAUCAACAAAAGGACUAUGGAAAGCUCGACAAUGCUCCACCGCCAGAGUCUUCAGCUCAUCGUCAAUAUUGGACCGCGAGGCAGGAGACAACAACUUUGCCUGGAAUACGAUUGAACGACUCCCAGAUAAAAAAAAAAUAGCGGACGUGCUGGGGAGGUUGAGAUGAAGCGUGAGGACACGACGAAGGCGAUGAAGCUGGGAGGAAAGAGUGGGCGACAUAUCCAGGAGGAAAGAUCAACAUCUCCUGUAGUUCAAAUGCCGAUCAGUCCUGCUGCCGCGGCAGUGAAGAGGUAGACAGAAAAUAUGGUCGGACGUAUCAUGACAAGGCAAGGUGGGGAUAAAUGGAGCGAUAAGCGGAAAGACUAGACCAAGAGCGCCAUGCAAACAUUCUCAUCACAACAGGAACAACAAUCACACAAAUGAGAUAUUCCACAUUUCUCACUUUCUCAUCUUUCGUCCUCGCCGAGCUUCGAUAACCUUUUUCUUCGCUUGUCUAGAUAUUGUACAUAUCUCCGCUCUACUACUCCUCUCCCUUCA